AUGGCAUCAACUACACAAAUCUCAUUACCUAACGGCAAGAAGUACGACCAACCGACUGGUCUCUUCAUCAACAAUGAGUUUGUCGCAGCUACAGGCGACGAGUUUGUCGUGACAAACCCACACACAGAGGAAGAAGUCAUCAAGCUCAAUGGCGCAUCAAAAGAAGAUGUCGACAAAGCCGUCCAGGCUGCGCGCAAAGCUUUUGAGGGCGAGUGGUCGGAGCUUGCUGCUGUUGACCGCGGCGCUUUUCUCUACAAGAUUGCUGAUCUGAUUGAUCGCGACCGUGAGCUCAUUGCCGCUAUCGAUGCCUUUGACAAUGGAAAGCCCUUCAGCGCCUGUCUGGCUGGUGAUCUCGACGAGUCUUACAACGUCUUCCGCUACUACGCCGGUGCCGCCGACAAGAUCAGCGGCAAGACUAUCGAGACUUCUCCAGCCAAGUUGGCAUAUGUCCUCCAAGAGCCUCUGGGUGUCUGUGGCCAGAUUAUUCCCUGGAACUUUCCCUUCAUGAUGCUGGCCUGGAAGGUUGCGCCCGCUCUGGCCUGUGGUAACACGGUCAUCCUUAAGCCCGCUGAGCAGACCCCGCUAUCUGCCCUGUAUUUUGGCAACCUAGUCAAAGAGGCUGGUCUUCCUGCGGGCGUUGUCAAUGUUCUUCCCGGUCUUGGCCCCUCUACCGGAAAGGCCAUUGCGGGACAUAUGGAUAUUGACAAGGUUGCCUUCACCGGUAGUACCAACACCGGCCGAGCCAUCAUGAAGGAUGCUGCGAAUAACUUGAAGAACAUCACACUCGAGUGUGGUGGUAAGAGCCCCUCUAUCGUCUUUGCGGACGCCGAGCUGGAGCAGGCUGUCAAGUGGUGCCACUUUGGAAUCAUGGAUAAUAAGGGAGAGGUCUGCACUUCUACCUCCAGAAUCUACGUCCACGAGGACAUCUACGACAAGUUCCUUGAGAAGUUCGUCGAAGUCACAAAGGAGAAUGACAAGCUCGGCGCUCCGUUCGACGAGUCAACUGUUCAGGGACCCCAGGUCUCCAAGACACAAUACGACCGCGUGCUUUCCUACAUCGAGGAGGGUCGCAAGUCUGGUGCUAAGCUUCUAUACGGAGGUAGCAAGUAUGGCGACAAGGGUUACUUUCUUCAACCCACAGUCUUUGCCGAUACAACCGAAGACAUGAAGAUCAUGAAGGAAGAGAUCUUCGGCCCCGUUGUUUCCAUCGCCAAGUUCUCCACCGACGAGGAAGCUAUCAAAAAGGCAAAUGACACUUCAUAUGGUCUUGCCGCGGCUUUGUUCACAGAAAAGAUUGCUCGUGCACACAAGGUUGCCCGCAAGCUCCAGGCUGGUAUGGUAUGGAUCAACUCGUCUGGUGAUUCCCACUUUGGUAUUCCAUUUGGUGGUUACAAGUCUUCAGGUAUUGGUCGAGAGUUGGGACAAUAUGCUUUGGACGCUUACACACAGCCCAAGGCUGUCCAUGUCAACUUGGGGUUUGAGCUAUAG